AUGUCUUCCUCAGAGGAUAGCAAGCCAAGCGAGACGUACCAAUGCGGCUGCCACUGCGGCUACAUCAAGUUCAGCAUGACCAUCUCCCCGCCGCUCACGGGGCAGCCCGCCGCCGCCGACGGCAGCACCGGCAACUACAAGGUGACCGAGUGCAACUGCUCGGCCUGCGCGCGCUUUGGCUACCUGCUCGUGUACCCGCCCGCGACGGCCGUGACCUGGUCACCGGGACACCGGGAGCGGUGCGCCGAGUACGAGUUCAACACCAAGAGCAAGGACCAGUUGUUCUGUCCCAAAUGUGGUGCGAGCCUGGGCAUUGAUUUCCGCGCGGGACGAGAACCUCAUACCUAUGGUAUUAGUGCACGGACUAUUUAUGGCAUCAAUCUGGACGACCUCACUCUGAAAAAGUUGGACGGCAUAAAAAAGAUAUCUCCAGCUGGUGAUCUCUCGGGUAAUUGGUGGGAUGAGGAAAAACAAGAAAUGAAGUAG